AUGGGUAUGAAUUUCAUGGUUUUUGCAGUGUCGGUGUCAUGGUUUUGGUCAAUACCUACUUCACACGUGUUUGCAGCAAAACAACAGAAGCUGAGGUUUGAUGAAAAUGGAGAAUUCAAGAUAUUGCAAGUGGCAGAUAUGCACUAUGCAGAUGGAAAGAAAACACUUUGCUUAGAUGUUCUUCCUUCUCAAAAUGCUUCUUGUACUGAUCUUAACACCACUGCUUUCAUUCAUAGGAUGAUCCUUGCUGAGAAACCUAAUCUUAUUGUCUUCACUGGAGAUAAUAUCUUUGGGUUUGAUUCGUCGGACUCGGCGAAAUCAAUGGAUGCUGCAUUUGCUCCUGCAAUUGCAUCAAACAUUCCUUGGGUGGCUGUUUUAGGAAACCAUGACCAAGAAGGAUCACUCUCUAGGGAAGGUGUGAUGAAAUAUAUUGUUGGGAUGAACAACACUUUAUCUAGAGUCAAACCUGGAAAAGUGCGUAGCAUCGAUGGUUUUGGAAACUAUAACUUGGAGCAAGUUUGGUUCGAGAAAACGUCUGCGGAGCUUCGGAAAAAAUACAUAAAAGGACAUGUGCCUCAGAAAGAAGCUGCUCCUGGUCUUGCAUACUUUCACAUCCCCUUGCCCGAAUACGCAAGUUUUGACUCAUCCAACAUGACAGGCGUGAAAAUGGAAACAUAUGGCGACAAUGGCAUUAGUUCUGCUUCGGUGAACUCUGGUUUCUUCACAACCUUGGUUACAGCAGGAGACGUGAAGGCCGUUUUCGUUGGCCAUGAUCACAUCAAUGACUUCUGCGGCAAGCUAAUGGAUAUACAACUUUGUUAUGCUGGAGGGUUUGGAUACCAUGCUUAUGGACAAGCUGGAUGGUCUAGGAGAGCAAGAGUGGUUGUAGCUAGCUUGGAGAAGACAGGUAAGGGAAGUUGGGGAGAUGUCGAGUCGAUUAAAACAUGGAAACGCCUUGAUGAUGAGCAUCUCACUAGAACCGAUAGUGAAGUCCUGUGGAGCAAGAGCACUCAUGGUAAGGAAGCAGUGGCUAAAAACAAAUUGGUGGAAAGUGAGGAUUUGAGAAAGUGA